AAUUUCAAACACCCUCUCCCCAUUCAAACCCGUCCCAAUCGACCACCAGACACAUCUCCCCCUCGAUCGCCUCCGCUCACGCCUCCGACGCCCGCUGCCCAGGCCGCCGCCCGCCGUCGCACCCAUUCGUGCCGGCAGAGCCGAGCCCAUCCAGUCCGCCGCUUCGCCCGACCUCAGCGCAGCCUCUCCUUCUUCUUCUUCAUCCUCCGUUCCUCUGCCGUGCCGCCGCGUCGUCACCGUCAACCCAGCGUCCGACCAGGCGCACCAGACCAGUACGCGUUGCCCUGGUUCCGUCGUCAAGCCUCUCUUCUCUUUCCCGCCGGCCGAGCCCUGAAGAGCAGCUCCUCCUGUUCGGAAAGAUAGAAAGAAAGGGAAAUGGAAACAAAAAUUGGGGAACAAGAACAGGAGAUUGAGAAAGAAUUAUGCAAUGGGGUCUUGUCUCUGUUGGUCCCUCCACUGCCACCACCACCACCGCCGCCACCACCAUCACCACCAACCCCACCGCCACCUUGGAUUGAGUUGCCAGACGAUGUGACGAUCAAUAUCCUGCAAAGGCUGGAUGUUGUAGAGAUCUUGGAAAGUGCACAGAGAGUGUGCACAAGCUGGUGGAGAAUCUGCAAACAUCCUUCCAUGUGGACAGUAAUCGAUAUGGAAGAUUACUGGCCUUACAACAAUUCUGAAAUCGCCUGCCGCGAAGCUGUUGGCCGUAGUCAGGGACAGUUAAUCGACAUUAGCAUCGAGUUUUUUGGAACCCCUGAGUUGAUUUGCUACAUUUCAGAAAGGUGCAGUCAACUUAAACGCCUCAAGCUCUUGAAUUGGUCUUAUAAGCUGACCCCUUGUUUGCAAGGAGCAUUUCGAAAAUUUUCUGCACUAGAAGAACUGUAUCUUCUCUGUAAUGGUAAUUCCCCGGAGGAUAUCGAAUUCAUCGGCACAUCUUGCUGUAAGUUAAAGUCCUUCGCACGGAGCACUCCCUUUAAACCAUUAUUUUAUGGACAGGAUGCAAAAGAUUCAUAUGCUCUCGCCGUUGCCAAAAGCAUGCCAAACUUGCAGAACUUGUGGCUUUUUGAAGACCAUAUGACGAAUAAGGGACUGAUUGCAAUUCUUGAGGGUUGUUCGCGCCUCCAAUAUCUAAGCAUAUGGCAUCGUUUCGAUAUUGAUAUAAAAGGGUGUUUAGGCAAGCGAUCUUUUCAGAAGCUUAAAGCCGUGCAAUGCCCUCAUGGUUCGAAAAAUUGUUUCAAACGGUCUUGUUCGAUGCUCAACCGUCGCGUAGAGGCAUUCAGACUCGCACCUGCUUAAUAUCGACUCUCAUACAUUUUGUUAGAUAUCCUAGCUUGGGGGAUGGUUAGGGUGCUGCAUGCUAUUUUUCAACUCAACACAUGUUAUAUGUACAAACAGCACACAAUAUUAUUACAUACAGAAAAAGUUGUCUAUAAUAAAAGUAUGUGUUGUUUUUUUAUAAUAACAAAUGUGUUGUAUAAGGGUAGGUCAUGUGCUAAAAUCAACUGUUGUGUGUUUUGUAAGAAACUAUAACAUGUGUUGUUAAUUCAUGUGUUGUAUUUGUAAUAUAUUAACAUAUACAAUGUAUUGUUUGUAAUAAUACUGUGUGCUGUCAGACAACACACGAUGUGCUGUUGAGACUAUAAUAUGUGUUUUUUGUUUA